AUGCACGUCGCGUUGACUCCAGCGCUUGGCAUUGCCAGCACCGUCGUCUUCGUCCUCGUCGUCCUCGCAUGCUACCCCCUGCCGCUCUGCGCAGGCCUUCCCUACGUCAACCGCACCAGCUUUUCGCCCUUCAAUACUUCCUCACCAUCAUGCCCGCUAGUUCCCCUCUCCCUGGGAUCAGCUCUCAAGAUCUCAUGCAAGAUCCAUGUGUGCGAACUAUGUAAUCCUUUCGCAGCAUCAGGGACGGUUUCGAGUCCGUCGUCCGGCGCGUUGUCGUCCGGCAGGAGUGGCAGCCAAGGCAUGCACUCGUCGCCCGCCUCUGCCUCGCCCACCACCGCGCGCUGCCCACCGCCCACGUCAUCCUCCUCCGCCCGCGUCGCCCACCCUCGCCCGCGUCGCCCUCCCGGUGUCGUGGAGUCGGUCGAGGACGCGCACAGCCCGGCGCCCGAAGCCGACAAUGAGGACAUCGUCAUCUCAGAGUUCGGCAUCCAGGCCGGCGACGGCGCCGCGAGCCGGAUCAUCCUGGAGGCAUCCAUCCUCAAGGAGCAGAUCGCCGAAACGUCUGUUAGUACCGCGCCCCAUGCUUCUCGCCUGACCGUCACUGACGCCCCGCAGCACGAGCUCACCCUCCUCCGUGAAGCGCGUGAACGCGACGACGAGGCGUUCGGCGAACACGUCCCGGAUACAAGGGAGCGCAUGGACUCGCUCGGCGAGCGCAUCGACGAUGCGUACAAGAGCAUCGCGGCGCACGACGCAUCGCUCCUCGACGCUCAAGCGCGCCUCCAGAGCCUCGGUGCGGCAGUGUCCGACCUCCAUCGGCGCACGGCGCUCGCCGAGGGCAUCGAUGAGCUCACGCGCGAGGUCAGUGCGGCCAGGGAUAUGCUGCUAGACAUGUGCUUUUAUAUCGCGCACGCCUCGAAGAGACGCUGA